AUGCCCCCUGACCUCUGCUACCAAUGCGUCCAAAACGCCACAAACAAACUAACCUCGGAUCCAGAAUGUUCCCUCUCCAAACAAGCCCUAAUCUGGUACGACGAGUGCAUGGUACGCUACUCCAACGUCUCGUUCUUCUCCACCGUCACCACCGAACCCAAAGUAUGCAAAUUCAACAAUGCCAAAAUCUCCAACAACGUAACCACCUUCAAGAACAUUUUAUCAAAAACCAUGAAGCAAACCAUACACGAAGUAGCGAACUCCCCCACUGGGAACUGGUACGCCACGAAGCAGCAAAACGUAUUCGAAACUCAGACGCUGUACUCUAUGGCGCAGUGCACCACGGACCUCUCCCGUCACGAUUGCGUCAUCAUACUAAUCGUUCCAGAAACGAGAUAUUCUUAUCCACUAUCAGAUCCAGGAUAUUCUGGAUACAUAUCUCACAACUGUAGUAGCUACGUUCAGACUCUGCAAAACGAUGACGUUCUUUCGUUAAGGUCAAACCUCACCACUCUUCUAUCAUACUUGACUUCCAACGCCACCGCCGGCGCGGAGUUUCAGACUCGAGUAGGAGCGCUGCGCGGUCUCUUCAUGUGCCGCGGUGACAUCGCGACGGGCGCCGUCUGUGGCGAGUGCGUGCGGAACGCAUCGGCGAGAGUGCUUUCGGCAUGUCGUUUUGCGAGGGAGGGUGUGGUUUGGUUCGACUAUUGUUUGGUUCGGUAUUCGGAUCGGGAUUUUGUCUCCAGAGUGGAGACAUGGCCGAGAUAUGAGAUUCUGAAUGUGACGAGUGGCGCGGCAACGAUUGAGGAGACCGCGUUUACGUUUGCGACGAGCUUGGCUGGCAUUGCGAACCGAACAGGGGACAGUGGCGUGAGGUACCGAAACGCGACGGUGACAUUGACCGAGGAGCAGACGCUAUAUGUUGCGGCGCAGUGUACGCGCGACUUGUCGAGCAACGAUUGCGACGCUUGCUUGAGCGAUGUGAUUGGAUCGGCGAUUCCGUGGAGGCGUUUGGGAAGCCUCGGUGGAAGAGUUCUGUAUCCGAGCUGUGUUCUCAGGUUUGAAGUGUUUCAGUUUCUGAACAACUGGGUGGCACCGCCGUCGCUGCCGCUACCGCCGCCACCACCGCAGCCUGUUCGUAUCCCUCAUCCUACAGAUUUUGGUCUUGCUAGAAUUGUUGAAAUAGAUCAGCAAGAAGGAAGUACUAACAGGAUCAUUGGAACUUAUGGAUAUAUGUCUCCAGAAUAUGCAAUGCUUGGACAAUUUUCUGAGAAAUCAGAUGUUUACAGCUUUGGAGUUAUGAUUUUGGAGAUUAUUACUGGGAAAAAGAAUGUAGGUUCCUAUGAAUCAUAUGGUGCUGUUGAUGGUCUGUUAAGUUUUGUUUGGAAACAAUGGAUGGAUCAUACACCACUGAACAUAUUGGACUCAAAAUUGAUGAAGGAUUAUUCCAAAACAGAAGUGAUUAAGUGCAUUCAAAUUGGUCUGUUAUGUGUUCAAGAAAAUCCUGAUAAGAGACCUACAAUGUUGACCAUAAUUUCAUAUCUUAGCAAUUCGUCAGUGGAAUUGCCAUUUCCGCUAGAACCAGCCUUCAUCUUGCAUGGUAAAAUGAAUCGAAAAAUAGUUGCCAAUGAAUCCAAUUCCAGUCAAUCUACCAACAAUUCAACAUCGUUCUCUGUCAAUGAAAUGUCUAUGAGUGAAUUCUAUCCUCGGUAG